GGACGCCCACGCUAGUGUCCUGCGUCUUUCGUUCGAAUAUUUCCAGUAGCCCGUCCUCAGUUUUGUCCCAAUAGGCUAGGCUGUAACUGGGUCGACGAACGUUUAGCUUAGGGUAGGCUGGCAUAUAGCCUGUAGCGUACCAAUUGAACAUGGAGCAACAACUGGACUGUGCACUGGAUUUAAUGCGUAGGUUGCCACCUCAGCAAAUAGAACGUAACUUAAGUGACUUAAUUGAUCUUGUCCCUUCACUGUGUGAAGAGCUACUUUCAUCAGUAGAUCAACCCCUCAAGAUUGCACGAGACAAGUACAGUGGGAAGGAUUACCUACUUUGUGAUUAUAACAGAGAUGGCGAUUCUUACAGAUCUCCUUGGAGUAAUACGUACGAUCCUCCAUUGGAAGAUGGAGCGAUGCCUAGCGAUCGAUUACGCAAGUUAGAAUUAGAUGCUAAUCAAGCAUUUGACCAAUAUCGAGAUAUGUACUUUGAAGGAGGAGUGUCAUCAGUAUAUCUUUGGGAUCUUGAUCAUGGUUUUGCAGGCGUAAUCCUUAUAAAGAAAGCAGGUGAUGGUAGCAAGAAAAUUAAAGGGUGCUGGGAUAGUAUCCAUGUUGUUGAAGUAGUUGAGAAAUCAAGUGGUAGAUCAGCUCACUACAAAUUAACCUCAACUGCCAUGUUAUGGCUCCAAACCAAUAAGCAAGGCUCGGGUACCAUGAAUCUAGGAGGAUCUCUAACGAGACAGACUGAGCAAGACUGUCCUGUGUCGGAAUCGUCUCCUCAUAUUGCCAACAUCGGACGCAUGGUCGAGGACAUGGAGAACAAAAUAAGGAACACCCUCAACGAGAUCUACUUUGGAAAGACGAAGGACAUCGUAAAUGGUCUCCGUUCAGUCCAGCCGCUUCCAGACCAGAAACAGCAUGCUGCUUUCAGGAAUGAAAUUGCAAUGGCCAUCAGUCGAAGACAGGCUACCAAAGGGUCCACAAAUAAUGAGAGUAAUUAGAAAUAAAUAUAUGAUUAUAUAUAUAAAAAAUAUAUGUAUGUAUGUAUGGCUGUAGGAAAACUGGUAUCGGAUGUAUAUGGAAAUGAAGUUCCAUAUCUACAGAAUGGCCAAAGCCUGGACAAGGCAAGAAACACAGGAAAUCAGGCCAUAAACAUUACUGCUGCAAACUGAAAUAACAGUGUGAACUGACGAAAGUGCAGAUAACAUUCAAGUGUCACAGAGCAGUUGAAAUGCAAAGGAAUGUUGUACAUUUUAUGAAUUGGAGAGGAAAAUGCAACUCUUACACUGGAAAGUGGAAUAAUUCAUUAUGAAGUUUUAAGAUGUCAUUCCUUGGAGGAGUGUUGUUCCAUGAAAUGUGUGAAAAAGUAAAUCGAACUGUAAAUGCUUGAAACUAGUCCAAAUUAAGAGCAGGAAAACUAUUUGGAAUAUGUACUUGGAAUGUGUUAAUCAAACCUUGCUUUAAAAGUGGCUUUUCUGGUUUAUUUAUUAUUUUUCUGCUCUGUCAACAAAGGCCAAAGAGUAAUAUUUAACCUCUCAAGUGACCACACAUUUCAUAUAUUUAUUUCUUUUAAAUGUUUCUUUAGUUGAUACAUGCAAAUUGUUAAAGUAUCUGCUUGGGUGGUAAUAGUAUUGGUGCUUUAUAACAGUUGGCAGUACCGAUGCAUACUGCUUAUAUUUACUGUGGUCGCCAUCUAAUAUAUAUUUGGUCUGCUCCGCCAGCUGUUUAUACUAUAGUUUAAAAAAGGUAGCCUACAUUUUUAAAGCCUGGAUGUUCUGGGGAAAAGUUUUUAGUGGCAUGUGUGGAUUAUUUUGAACUUUGCACAACUCUUAUUUCCCUCUAUCUCUCUUUCUCUCUCUCUCUAGCUCUUGGUCGUUACCCUUGGUAGUUUUUACUUUGUUGCUGGUACUUUUGUUACUGUAACUCCAGAAACUUGGAUUGUACUUUAUUAUGUAAGCCAAAUUUCCUCUUCCUUGAAAGUGAUUUUAUGUGUGAUCUACCAUUUCUACUUUUGUAAGCCUAAAUCAAUCAUCCUAGUCCUUCUCUUGUGACUGUUAUCACCAUGAUGGUAUUUGUAAAAGGUGGAAAUCUCUUGUCUGCAAUACGGACAAUACUGUGAUAAUAUCUAAUUGCAGAAAAAGAUUCAAGAUACUAUAGCCAUUUACUCCUCAAAGUAACAUUCAAUGCUUGUUUAGAAAAUUUCUUCAUUUAUACCAGCAGUGCUUCUUAGGGCAAGUAUGGUAAUGUUGUUCGUACUUAGGUUGGUUACCAUUUACAGUGUGGUUGAGUUCAGAGAGGGUUUACCACCAUUUACAUUUGAAGUCAUUGAUUUAGGGAUUGUUAGAAGUGCCCUUGCCCUGGGUAUAUGGGCACUGAGGGUCUAGGCAACAAGUGCACUAAUGUAAUUUUGUUUCUGAAUAGUAGAGUCACAUGCAUUUUAUUUAUCACCUCAUGUUGAUGUUAUGAGCCACAUAAAUUUUUGAAGUUGUCUAAUAUGGAUGUGUACAUUUUCAAAUUUACCGCAUGACUUUUUGUUAAGUUUAUUUGGAGAUUUCUUAUGGUUCAUCAUAAUAGAACUUGUUAAAGCAGAUAUGAUAGUACUCUUGCCUAGAAGCCUGGCUUAUACUGUAUUUAUUUUUACCACAAGUUCUGUUUAAAGUAUAUAUGGAAAAUGUUGAUCCUUAACCUUCUUGUAUUUCCUUUAAGGCCAUGUGAUCGUCUCAUUGUUAUGCAUUUGCCCUGCGUGGCAGACACUAUUUUUGAUCAGAGAAUUGAUUAUACAAGUAUUUGGUAU